AUGGCCUCCAUGGCUGCGGCCCUCAUCGUGCGAGACCAGACGGAGCUGCGGCUCUGUGAGCGCUCGGGCCAGCGCACGGCCAGCGUCCUGUGGCCCUGGAUCAACCGUAACGCCCGCGUGGCCGACCUCGUGCGCAUCCUGACGCACCUGCAGCUGCUUCGUGCUCGAGACAUCAUCAUGGCCUGGCACCCUCCCGCCCCUCUCCCGCCCCCCAGCCCUCCCACUCGGGCUCUUGGUCCCAGCAGCAUCUCUGACCCCUUGGAGACCGAGGUCACGAGCCUCAGGACAGCGCAGCGCGCAGCCUCCACCCUCCUGUCCCCAGACGCCCAGAUCCACUCAGGUCCCGAACUCGGCCCUGCCGGACCCCCUGCCUCCCCCCAGCCAGCAGUGCCAAUUCCAGCCCCUUCCUCCACCCAGCUGAGCCCCGAGGACCCACUAGUCUUCCCGCAGGGGGCCUACCCUGCCCCAUUCUGCUGGCCCCUCCCGGAGGUCACCCAGGGUACCCGCAACUUCUCUGAGGAGCUCAAGAUUGGCGAGGGCGGCUUCGGCUGCGUGUACCGGGCUGUGAUGAGGCACACGGUGUACGCUGUGAAGAAGCUGAAAGAGGAUGCUGACCUGGAGUGGGGCGCAGUAAAGAGGAGCUUCUUGACUGAGGUGGAGCAGCUGUCCCGGUUUCGUCACCCGAACAUCGUGGACUUCGCCGGUUACUGUGCCCAGGGUGGCUUCUACUGCCUGGUAUACGGCUUCCUGCCCAACGGCUCCCUGGAAGAUCAUCUCCACGGCCAGCCUCAGGCCUGUGCCCCCCUGACCUGGCCUCAGCGCAUGGACGUCCUCCUGGGCACUGCCCGGGCAAUUCAGUUUUUGCACCAGAACAGCCCCAGCCUUGUUCACGGAGACGUCAAGAGCUCUAAUGUCCUUCUGGAUGAGAGACUGACGCCCAAGCUGGGGGACUUCGGCCUGGCCCGUUUUAGCCGCCUGAGCAGUGCCAGCCCAGGACAGAGCAGCACUGUGGCCCGAACCCAGACAGUGCGUGGCACACUGGCCUACCUGCCCAGUGAGUACGUCAAGAGCGGGAAGCUGGCUGUGGAGACCGACGCUUUCAGCUUCGGUGUGGUUGUGCUGGAGACCCUGACAGGCCAGAGGGCUGUGAGGACGCUGGGCACCAGGACUAAGUAUCUGAAGGACCUGGUUGCAGAGGAGGCAGAGGAGGUCGGGGUGGCCCUCACGGGCGCCCACACCACAGCGCAGGCAGGCCUGGCUACCGCUGCCUGGGCUGUCCCCAUCGCAGCCCGUAUCUUCACGAAGCAUGUGGACCCUGGGCCCGGGCCCUGCCCACCUGAGCUUGGCCUACCCCUAGGCCAACUAGCCAGCUGCUGCCUGCACCGCCGGGCCAAGAAGCGGCCCCCCAUGACCCAGGUGUACGAGGCGCUGGAGAAGCUGCAGGCGGUGACUAGGCUGACCCUGGAACCUGAGGUCACUGGCCGAGGCCCACCCUCCCCACAGGAAAACUCCUAUAUGUCCACCACUGGUGCUGCCCUGAGCAGGGCUGCCCCCAGGCCGCCCCUGGCAGAACCAUCCCGAGGCCUGACCCAGGCUGCAGACCCACUUGGGCCGGGUCUCAACCAGCCUGUGGAGAGCGACGAGAGUGUGGCCGGGCUCUCUGGCGCCCUGUGUUCCUGGCACUUGAGCCCCAGCCCCACCCCAGCCCUGGCCACCUCCUGGGAACCGACACCCCUUGGGUUGACUGACUGCACUCAGGCGGGCGCCACUGGGAAGGAGUCCAGCUCAGCGAGCAGCCCGGGGUCCUGGCCCACGGCCUUGGAAGGGUCACUGCCAGGGAGCACUCCUUCAUCCAAGCCACUGCAGAUUGUCAUCAACCCUGCCCGACAGAAAAUGGUGCAGAAGUUGGCCCUCUACGAAGACGGGGUGCUGGACAGCCUACAACUGCUCUCAGCCAGUUCCCUCCCAGGCCUGGGCCCUGGGGACAAGCAGGGACCCGAAGAGAGUGACGAGUUCCAGAGCUGAGCGUGUGCCUGGGCAGAUGCCCACACCCAGAAGUCCAAGGCCUUGUGGCAGCUCAAGGGCCACAGGUGUGGGGGCACCAGCCCCGGAGGGAGACAGGUGUCAGCACUCACCGAUCGACCAGGCCGUUGAUCAGCUUUCGGAGCUUGUCUGAGGGGCAUGGGGAGUUCAGGCCUGGGUUGCUGGCUGCCAGAGAGAAAGGGUACCGGUAGAGUCAGGGUAAGGGGGGAACCAGUUCCCUGAAAUCGAGGCAGGGCUUGCCUAGAAUGCAGCAGGUGCAUCACCGGAGCCUCCCCGGCUGCUGGUAAUGUGGGGAAUUGCAGUGUGGCUGUCCUGUGCCUCGGCCUACUUGCAAGCAGCAGGGGUUCUGAGUCCCUCUACCCCAAGGCAAGUGUGCACCACAUCCGGCUGCCCCUGCAGCCCCCAGGCGUCACCAGCCCCGUGGGCUCUUGGGAUGCUGCAAGCGUCCAGCCACUGAUGGUGAUGGAAGCGUCGCUGUUUACCGUGCAGCCAGGCCCAACCCUGUGUUACCCAAACAGUGAGGUGCCCAGGAAGGAGGGAAGUCCAGAGCCAGGCCCUGAGAGGAGGGAGGGAAAGCAAACAUUUUUUUGACACAAGCAUCCGUCCCACACAUGUGCCCUGGUGCCCUCUUGGGUGUCUUUGAAAGCUGUCUGGCCAGAGCACAGGCUUGGGAUGAUUCACGAGUCACACUACAGGCACCAGGAAGCUAGAUACUGCUGACAGCCAAGCCGUCCUUGAGUAAUCAAACCCCCGCGCAUUGCAUCUCGGACUGUAAUUUGUGUCAUCUGUUGCACCAGAAACAUGGUGAUUCCCAGGGCUUUUCAUCUCAAGAUUCUAGACGGUCUGCCCAGUUUUUUUUUUGCUGGGGCCAGGGCCACUCACCCUUCCAGUUUGCCCGAAGCCAUGUAUGUUUCCUGAUUCAGUUGUAAAUGGCAUCUCCGUUCAUUGUCUAUGGAAAUACAAUUGAUUUUUAUUCAUUGACCUGUGCCCUUGAUUAAAUUCACUUACUAGCACUAGUAGUUUUGGAGUGAUGGCCCUGAAUUUAUCUCUGUACACGGACAUUUCAUCAGCAAAUAAAGACAGUUUUAUUCCCUUCCCAA